AACUCUCAUUCACUGACGGUCAGGUACCACGGUAGCCGCCAUAUUCGCAUCCAUGGCAGGGUAGCGGUGUUCUCGGCGAGCGUGCGAUCCAGUCAUCAACAUCUACCGUUCCCCGCACUGUCCCCUCCGGAUCCGGUCCCGGUAGCGGCCACCCAGCGUGCAUCCGAACAUCAAAGCAGAAACAGCCGGACUUCCACACAAGGGGAAGAACAUGCAACGUGGAGCGGGGGUCUAGGUGGACUACGAUGCCUUAGACUGAGAGAGGAAUCCUGGCACAAGAUGGAGGUAAACAGCGUUAGUAGUGAGGUCAAUGGACAUCAGAUCAUGGACGAGCCCAUGGAGGAGGGAGAGUCUUUCUCACACUGUGAUGACGGGACAUAUAAGGAGAUCCCUAUCACCCACCAUGUGAAAGAGGGCUGUGAAAAAGCUGAUCCAUCUCAGUUUGAACUACUCAAAGUCCUCGGCCAGGGCUCUUUUGGCAAGGUGUUUCUUGUCAGGAAGAUUGUGGGUCCAGAUGCUGGUCAGUUAUAUGCAAUGAAAGUUCUAAAAAAGGCAUCGUUGAAAGUCAGGGACAGAGUUCGCACUAAAAUGGAAAGAGACAUUUUAGUGGAAGUCAAUCAUCCCUUCAUAGUGAAAUUGCACUACGCCUUUCAGACAGAAGGGAAACUGUAUUUAAUACUGGACUUUCUCAGGGGAGGGGAUGUAUUCACUCGCUUAUCCAAAGAGGUUAUGUUUACAGAGGAAGAUGUGAAAUUCUACCUUGCAGAGCUGGCCCUGGCCCUCGACCACCUGCACAACCUGGGCAUAGUUUACAGAGAUCUCAAGCCAGAGAACAUCUUACUUGAUGAAGCUGGACAUAUAAAGUUAACAGACUUUGGCUUGAGUAAAGAGUCAGUAGAUGCUGAUAAGAAGGCUUAUUCCUUCUGUGGUACGGUGGAGUAUAUGGCCCCUGAGGUGGUCAACAGGAGAGGACACACGCAGAGUGCAGAUUGGUGGUCCCUGGGAGUAUUAAUGUUUGAGAUGCUAACAGGGACAUUACCAUUCCAAGGGAAAGACCGCAACGAGACCAUGAACAUGAUUCUCAAAGCUAAGUUGGGAAUGCCCCAAUUCCUAAGCUUGGAAGCCCAGAGUUUGCUGAGAAUGCUGUUUAAACGUAACCCUUCUAACAGACUAGGGGCCGGGUCCGAUGGAGUGGAGGAGAUCAAACGGCACGCUUUCUUUUCCACCAUCGACUGGAAUAAACUGUACAGGAGAGAGCUACAGCCCCCAUUCAAGCCUGCAGCAGGUAAACCGGAUGACACGUUCUGCUUCGACCCAGAGUUCACUGCUAAAACGCCUAAAGAUUCCCCAGGUAUCCCGCCCAGUGCUAACGCCCACCAGCUCUUCAAAGGCUUCAGCUUUGUUGCUCCAGCCCCGAUGGAUGAGAACAAGAGCUCCCCGCUGCUCAGCAUACUCCCCAUAGUUCAGAUGCACGGGGGCUCGGCCAAGUUCUCCGAUCUGUACGAGCUGCAGGAAGACAUAGGGGUUGGCUCCUACUCUAUUUGUAAACGCUGUGUACACCGAGUCUCUGCUAUGGACUAUGCUGUGAAGAUUAUAGACAAAAGUAAGAGGGACCCCUCUGAGGAGAUUGAAAUCCUGAUGCGAUACGGACAGCACCCCAACAUCAUCACUCUGAAAGACGUGUAUGAUGAGGGCAGGUAUGUAUACCUGGUAACAGAGCUGAUGAAAGGAGGGGAGCUGCUGGAUAAAAUCCUCAGGCAGAAGUUUUUCUCUGAGAGAGAGGCCAGCGCUGUGCUCUACACCAUCACCAAGACUGUUGACUACCUCCACUGCCAAGGGGUGGUACACCGAGACCUGAAGCCCAGCAACAUCUUAUAUAUGGAUGACUCGGGGAAUCCUGACUCCAUCAGGAUCUGUGACUUUGGAUUCGCCAAGCAGCUUCGGGGAGGCAAUGGCUUGCUCCUCACCCCCUGUUACACUGCAAACUUUGUGGCACCAGAGGUACUAAUGCGACAAGGUUAUGAUGCAGCGUGUGAUAUAUGGAGUCUUGGAGUUCUACUGUACACCAUGUUGGCAGGGUACACACCGUUCGCUAAUGGGCCAAAUGACACACCAGAGGAGAUUCUUCUUCGGAUAGGAUCCGGAAAGUUCUCUUUGACGGGUGGCAAUUGGGAUACUGUAUCAGACACCUCAAAGGACCUGCUUUCACAUAUGCUUCAUGUGGACCCUCACCAGCGAUACACAGCCGAGCAGGUUCUAAAGCAUUCCUGGAUCACGUGUAGAGAUACGCUACCGCACUUCCAGCUCACACGCCAUGAUGCACCGCACCUCGUCAAGGGAGCCAUGGCUGCCACCUACUCAGCACUGAGCCAGAAAACCAGUCAGCCGGUGUUGGAGCCCGUGGCGGCAUCCAGUUUAGCCCAGAGACGCAGCAUGAAGAAACUCACCUCAACAGACAUGUAGACUCACAUCGCUCACCCUCCAGUUUGGACCUCACUCUGUCGGACUCUCAUACGCAGAUGCGCACACGAACCCAAGUCUUGGCCAGUCAGAGCUACUGUCUCCCUAUUUUUUGAAUCUUAUUUAUUUAACACACCCGACAUCCACAUUCACACCCACUUACACACACACACACACACACACACACACACACACACACACACACACACACACACACGCUGGACGAGGUUGCAUUGCGCAGAAGUCAGCCGAAGAGGAAAAGAGGGGAAUCUCACAUAUCUGUUACUGCUGGGGAGACAGACUUGUAUUUAUUUCCACAGGUUUCAUAUGCACUUGCCCUCCUCGCCUUUCAUUCUUUCUUCCUUGUGUGGGGAAGAAAUGCACCAGCUGAUGUUCUCCUUCACUGUGAUUGGCUGAUUCAAAGCUGCUUUGGUAAACUGUGCCCCCUCCCCUCACCCCACCCUUCUCUCCCCACUGCUCUUCAUCUUCACUCUGCCAUCCUCUUCCUCGGUUUCUCCCACCUUCCCUCGGUUGCUUUCGCUCUCUCGAAGCUUCUCUUCUUCAAAGUGAAGUAACGAUUUAUGUGCAGGAGUGCUGGUGAGAUGAUAUUGGCCGAUAUCGUAAGACUGUUUCCUCUCAGAAAAAAAAGCAAAAAAGAAUGAAGAGAAAAAAUAUAAUUGUUGCACAUUUUAAAAAGUCUAUCAGGAUCAAAAUCGUUUUCCAGCACUUUUAGCAACAUAAACGCAUGUGUGGACAGAACCUGUAGCCCCUUUUCCCUUAAAGUUCACCGUCUGACUCAUGUUACUUUGUGAUGCUAACAAUGUAUCAAAAGAGGUUUAAUAAGCUGCAGAUGGACAAAAGAUAAUGUCUAGAAGGUGAAACAAUGUGGUAAUGUUUAACAGAAACUCUUGUUUGCAAAAAAUAUAUAUAAAUAUAGAUAAAUAUAUAUAUAUAUAAAAUGAAGAUGAUGAAGAGCAUGUGGGGGAGCUGUAGGGAUUUCUCUGGGGGGGACGGGACGCACCCCAUCGAACCAGAGGCUGAAUUUAAAAAAUAUAUAUUUCCAUGGAUAUCUCUUCAAAAAGACAUUGUGGAAAUUGUAUGAUAUUGUAUUUAUUUCAUUUGAUUUUUAAGAUUCUAUUUUUCUUUCAAGUUCUGUAUAUAUUGACAUUAAAGAUCAUUAUUGACAUGCA